ACUUUUAACACCAGGUUCAAAGAGCUCACCGUAAUGUCAGAUGGGUACAUGUGGUUUGAAGGGCUACCUUUCCAUGUCGUGGGUUACACAAUGGAGCACCUGAGAGCAAUGCAGAAUUUUGUGUUUAAGGACAAAGAUGGCUUAAUACUGUCUUUCCUCAAAUCAGGAACAAACUGGUUGAUUGAAAUUCUCUGCCUGAUUCACUCCAAGGGGGAUCCCACGUGGAUCCAAUCUGUGCCCAUAUGGGAACGCUCUCCCUGGGUAGAGACUACGAGUGGAUACGAAGUCCUGAAGGGCAGGGAAGGCCCACGCCUCAUCUCCUCCCACCUCCCCAUCCAACUCUUCCCCAAGUCUCUCUUCCAGUCCAAGACCAAGGUGAUUUAUCUCAUCAGAAAUCCAAGAGAUACUCUCGUGUCUGGUUACUUUUUCUGGAGUAUCUCCAAUUUUGUUAAGAAACCAGAGUCACUAAAACAAUAUUUCGAAUGGUUCACCCAAGGAGAUGAGAAAUCAGCUGACACAAAUACUUGUAAAUGGGCCAGACAUCACGUGAGCAAGUGUGCCCGCAAGAAUGAACCUACCAGAGUGCCUGCCUUCACACAGCCCGUCACGCACCCACUCUCUCUGCCCCCACCUGCAGAGGCAUUUGGGUCGUGGUUCGGCCACGUUCGAGGCUGCGACACAAGAAACAUGAUACAGAAGAUUUACCAGUAACUGGGCAAGACAUUAGAACCAGGGGAAAUGAACUUAGUCCUCAAGAAUAGCUCCUUCCAGGUCAUGAAGGAAAACAAGAUGUCCAAUUACAUCCUGCCCAACGGGCUUUUAGAUGGGAAGAAUGGAUCACUUAUGCAAAGAGGCACUACUGGGGACUGGAAAAAGCACUUCACCGUGGCCCAAGCUGAAGUCUUUGACAAAAUAUUCCAGGAGAAGAUGGCAGGCCUUCCUGGAGAGCUGUUCCCAUGGGAAGGAUGUUGAAAGACUUCUACGUCUCCUAAAGAUAAAUAUCUGUUCUCCUGCUGUGAAUGGCCGGCCGUGAUUGCAUAAAAGCUGUUAUUUCACCCAGGAGCCUUGAGUGAUCAGAUCUGUGACCUUUGACAAUUUGAUUGUUAAAAAUUACCAGGACAUCUCUAGUUCAUGGUGUGGCAUCCAAGCUCUUAAAAAACAUUGAGUACAUUCGGAAUGAUGCAAAAUAAUAUGAAUAUUACCAAAGCUAUGCCAAAAAAUUAUUUAUAAAAAUGAGAAAUAAAAUGACAAAAAAAGGCA